AUGAGGCUUACUUCCAGGAAACCAGGUAUUGCAGCUUUAAUCUAGACUUACCCUUUCCAUGGAAAAUCCAAUCAGUUAAAAAACUUUGUUGUUGUUGUUUAGUUGUUUAGUCGUGUCUGACUCUUCGUGACCCCUGGACCAGAGCACACCAGGCAUGCCUGUCUUCCACUGCCUCUCGCAGUUUGGCCAAACUCAUGUUUUGAGAACAUUGUCCAACCAUCUCGUCCUUUGUCGUCCCAUUCUCCUUGUGCCCUCCAUCUUUCCCAACAUCAGGGUCUUUUCCAGAGAGCCUUCUCUUCUCAUGAGGUGGCCAAAGUAUUGGAGCCUCAGCUUCAGGAUCUGUCCUUCCAGUGAGUAUUCAGGGCUGAUUUCCUUCAGAAUGGAUAGGUUUGAUCUUCUUGCUGUCCAUGGGACUUUCAAGAGUCUCCUCCAGCACCAUAUUUCAAAAGAAUCAAUUCUUCGGCGAUCAGCCUUCUUUAUGGUCCAGCUCUCAUUUCCAUACAUCUCCACUGGGAAAACCAUAGCUUUAACUAUACAGACCUUUGUUGGCAAGGUGAUGUCUGCUUUUUAAGAUGCUGUCUAGGUUUGUCAUUGCUUUUCUCCCAAGAAGCAGGCAUCUUUAAUUUCAUGACUGCUGUCACCAUCUGCAGUGAUCAUGGAGCCCAAGAGAGUAAAAUCUCUCACUGCCUCCAUUUCUUCCCCUUCUAUUUGCAAGGAGAUGAUGGGACCAAAAAACCUAGUUGCCAAUAAACCAUUGGUGGUAUUAAGUCCCCAUCUGAACGCACCCUGAAGUUUGUAGCAAUAAACCUUCAUUUGCUGGUCUUUGUGCUCAAAGGUGAAAAUGCUUUAAAAAAAUACUGUAUAGUUUCCUUGGAUUUUUUUUCUAGCUAGCAGUCAUUCAGCAAGUUUGGAAAAUUCCAUCGUUCCAAGAAGUACAGUUCAGUGUUUCCUGCUUUGUUUGUUCUCUUUCCCAUCAGAGGCGCUUCAGGCUCCCAGCGGCCUGCCUUUGUCUUGUUAGAUUUGAUUAUAUGAGAAGCAGGGUCUUGCAUAGCCAUUCAGAUUACAUUUCUCCAUCUUCAAGCAGGCAUGAAGAAGCUCUUUAUAUUUUUAAUGUUUACAGAGACCCAGCAGCUUUUGUCUGGGUGGAAAGUUUUCAAUGGGAAGCUCUUAUAAGUACAGCUGAUGCCAAGAGCCAGGGAUAGCUAAUGUGAGCCAGCUUCAUGUAAAAUAAACAUGAACAAUGGUUCAGGGUUUCAUCAUCCCCCUCCUUUGCAAAAAAUGCUUAUGAAACAGUGAGAUGUUCUAGGUGUGAGACUAGAGGAAGGGCAAGGCCCAGCUAAGACAUUUCUCUGUCUGAGGCAAAUAUUAUGCUCCCCAUGCCAUACCACUCACCAGAAGCAGACUAAUCAAGUGUCUGUAUUUUCCAGAGACAGUCCCAGAUUUACAGAAGCCGUCUCGGUUUCUAAUCUGAUCCUGGAAUGUUUCACUUUUCCUUAGACAGGGGUGCCCAAACCUUUUCCAAAAGGGCCAGAUUUGAUGAAGUGAACAUGCAUGAGGAAGUUGUUGAACUUUUUUUAGAUUGAAGUAGGAUUUUACCCAAGGACAUAUACUGCCACAGGGGCCGGAUUAAAUCGACCGGUGGGCUGGAUUAGGCCCCCGAAACGGACUUUGGACACGCCUGCCUUAGGACAUCUCUAUUUUCAUUGGAGAAAUGUUGAAGGGUAUGGUUAUGUGACCUCAAGCCAAGGAGAUAAGUAACUAUACAACCUUCAUAGCCAGUGUGGUGUAGUGGUGUAGAGCGGUAGACUCGUAAUCUGGGGAACCGGGUUCGCGUCUCCACUCCUCCACAUGCAGCUGCUGGGUGACCUUGGGCUAGUCACACUUCUUUGAAGUCUCUCAGCCCCACUCACCUCACAGAGUGUUUGUUGUGAGGGAGGAAGGAAAAGGAGAAUGUUAGCCGCUUUGAGACUCCUUUGGGUAGUGAUAAAGUGGGAUAUCAAAUCCAAACUCUUCUUCUUCUUCUUCUUCUUCUUCUUCUUCUUCUUCUUCUUCUUCUUCAGAAGACAUCUGAAGGCAGCCCUUUAUAGGGAAGGGUUAUUAUGGGAUAGGAUGUCCCUAUUUUCAUUGGAGAAAUGUUGGAGGGUAUGCUCUCUUUCCAUAUUCCCAGAUGAAUCUCAUUCCUAGUAGCCUUCCUGCAGAAAGAUUUAACAGAUAAAGAGCUUCCUUAAAAAGUGCCAAGUGAUAAUCCUGCCAUUUCCCCUCCAAGAAGCAAAGUGAAUUGUUCCCAUUAAUAUCGAUGUCAACAGUUCUAUUUGGAUUACGAGAGGAAUAAGAACAGUCACAGUUUAGGCUACAACAUAAAUAUAUUAGCAUUCAUAUGCCAAUUAGGCAAUCUGAUACUCUCUUUAAAAAGACUUGAGUUUUUAAUGAAAUACACGAUAGGAUAAUACUUAACAAUUAAAUAUCCGGGGAGCACUUCUCUGCUGUGCUUCUGUGUAUAUACCCAGAGAGAAUCAGAAGGAUUAACUGUAGUCUUUUGUUAUGUUUGGAAUUACUAUUUUAAUCUGAAAGGCCCCUUCAAAAUAAAAUGUGUAAGUUCCCAAAUAAAGGAAUUGUCUUCCAGUAGGAUACAAUCCCUGUCUACAUAAUGCAACACACUUCCCUUCCCCUGUGCUUUCUGCCUGUACUGCCCAACUCCCCAGCAUGAGAUCUGGAAAGUGGCUGCCUCUUGGAGGCUGCCAGAAGGGAAUCAUCUCUUUGGGGUGAUUCCUCAUGGAUCUGAGGCCAAGUCUUCAAACUUUUGCCCUGCUGGACACAGCAAGGAGAGCAGCUCCCUGCUAAACUGUGGCAAGAUUCCAGGGGGUUCCAGGAGCUCACCUAGGGCCUGUGUUCCCAUGAGAGUUAGGAUGUGUCUUCAGAAAUAUGGUUUCGUUACACAUAUUUACACCUUUAGUCAGCAUGGUCAGCUUAAGAGGGCCUUGUUCCCCACAGCCGUACAGCAGUGGAGUCCAAGGUAUCUCACCCGGCCUGCCUUCAGCCAAGCUCUCAGCUGUCCCCAGGCCUCAUGCCAAAGACCCCAACCUCUUCUUGUGACAUCACACCCAGUUACCAUGGCAACCUUCCAAAUUCCAUGUCUCUGUUCACACCUCAGGCCGGGGUGGGGGGGAAAAGGACAGUUAUCGUGCAUUGCCAAUGGUCCUCAGCAACCCUGCAUUGUUUCUUAGUGCCCCCAGUUUGGCCAGAUAGUUGAUGUUGUCGACUGCUGAAACCUGGUUUGCUGAUGUAGUGUGUGCCCCUUACAGUAUCCGAUCUUUAUUUUAUGAGGUAUCUGGCCUGCCAUUGUUAGAGGCACCAAUCUUGAGUAAGGAAACUUGCUCCGAAAUAAGAGUUUUCUACCCAAGAUCCCUUGGGCUCAGCCUCAUUUCAAUGGACUGUAGUCUAUAAUAAUAAUAAUAAUAAUAAUAAUAAUUUAUUAUUUAUACCCCACCCAUCUGGCUGGGUUUCCCCAGCCACUCUGGGCGGCUUCCAACAAAACACUAAAAUACAGUAACCUAUUAAACAUUAAAAGCUUCCCUAAACAGGGCUGCCUUCAGAUGUCUUCUAAAAGUUUGGUACUGUAGUUAUUUUUCUCUUUGACAUCUGGUGGGAGGGCGUUCCACAGGGCGGGUGCCACUACCGAGAAGGCCCUCUGCCUGGUUCCCUGUAGCUUUGCUUCUCGUAAUGAGGGAACCGCCAGAAGGCCCUCCGCGCUGGACCUCAGUGUCCAGGUAGAACGAUGGGGGUGGAGACGCUCCUUCAGGUAUUCUGGGCUGAGGCCAUUUAGGGUUUUAAGGGUCAGCACCAACACUUCGAAUUGUGCUUGGAAACGUACUGGGAGCCAGUGUAGGUCUUUUCAGUGAGGUCACCUCCUCUCUGCUUCCCCAUACUCUUGCUUUUGAUGCUUCUGUUAAUUUCUUUAUCCUCUUCUGCAUCGCAAGGCAGAUGUGAAUGUGCAUACCAAACCCACGCUUCAGGUGAUCCUGAAUCCACAUUAAAUAUGUUUUUAGAUGUGCUGUCAGAUGCCCAGAGUGGCUGGGGAAACCCAGCCAGAUGGGCGGGGUAUAAAUAAAUAAAUAAAUAAAUAAUAAUAAUAAUAAUAAUAAUGUCUCAAGUGUGCAUUGUGACACAGAUGCAGUUUUGAAAGUGUACAGUCUAAACACAAACUUUCCAUGCACAGCUUUCCUUUUGCUGGAAGGAGCACAUGUGUGCAUGCACACACAUGCACACAGCAUUGCAGAACACAGAGAGCCUUUCCCCGAGGUGGUUAUGCUCUGUACUAAUUCAAGCUGCAGCCUCAGUCCUAGAGCUGUAAGUGGUUUGUUCCAUAUCAUUAGAGCUAUAUUACAGAACUGUCAGGAGGAACACUGUACUGCUGUAUUUGAUCACAUACCGCUGUCUCCUUGGCUGCUUUAUUAAAAUGUAUAGUCUCUCAUGUUAUUUUAAAGCAAUAUUGAGUUCAUUCUUCCUCUCUGCCUUCUGGUGGAGAAAGAGAGAGAGAGAGAGCCAUAAACAGAAUUUGCAGUGGAAUCACUGUCAUUUAGAGCUCUGAGCUUCAGUGGAGCCUUUUAGGUUUGCAAAAAAUAGGUUUUUGCCACACACACACCCUCCUUGGAUAAAACACUUUAAUUGCUAUUGGGGUCACGUAGACCACAACUAAGUAAGAUUUUUAAAAAAGCAAUAACAAGAUGUAUUGGACCCAGGGAUUCAAUCUGUGGUGGUAUGUCUUUGAAAAUACACUGGAAAAUCAUACAGCACAUAGCACAGCAGGUUUCAAUUGCUAAAACAGGCGUAAAAAUAAUCAGUUGACUGGUCCACCAAGACCUUGAUCAAUUUUCAAGUAUGAAAACUUUUUUGACCACAAUCAGAGUUCUACGCAUUCUUUCAUGGAAGUAAUGACUCCAUUUUAAUGUAAAAUUAUGAAUUUGUUUUCAGUGCUUAUAAUGAGUGCAUGCAACUGUAUCCAAAUGAUAUUAGGGUGUGUAUGUAAUGGCAGCCCCCAUGUUAAUGCCCGUGACGUCUCAUGGAUCCUGGCUAUCUCUAGUAGCUAGGAAUAAAAAAUAUGGAAUGGGUGAGGCCAUAGUUUUAACUUCUGCAUUAAUCUAAAAUAGUUAUGGUGCUGUUAAAGGAGAGUUUUCACCACACUGGAGUAACUUACACACUAACAGUCAGUGUGGCAUUGUGGCUAGAAGAAGAAGAAGAAGAGCUUGGAUUUGAUAUCCUGCUUUAUCACUACCCGAAGGAGUCUCAAAGCAGCUAACAUUCUCCUUUCCCUUCCUCCCCCACAACAAACACUCUGUGAGGUGAAUGAGGCUGAGGGACUUCAAAGAAGUGUGACUGGCCCAAGGUCACCCAGCAGCUGCAUGUGGAGGAGCGGAGAUGCGAACCCGGUUCACCAGAUUACGAGUCUAUCGCUCUUAACCACUACACCACACUGGCUCUCCAGUGAAUGCUGGACUAGUACCUGGGAGACCGAGGGUUUGAAUCUGCCCUUGACCAUGAAGCUCGUUGGGUGACCUCUCAGCCAAACCUACCUAGAAGCUUGUCGGGUGACCUCUCAUUGCCUCUCAGCCAAACCUACUUUGCAGGGCUGUUGCGGGGAUUAACUGAGGAGGGGGAGAACCGUGUAUGUCACCUGUCACGGACUGGCUGGAUGAUAAAGAGUGGUAGGAAGCAUCAGGCGGGAGAUCCCCAUGGGAAACCCCAGAGGAGGAAGGCUCAGAGCCAAGAAAAUUGAUGGAGGUCAGAGGGAGAAGAGUGGGAGGAGGGAUUGGAGGCUGAGAGGCAGCAGGAUAUAGGGAGCAAGGAGAGUUGGUGACCGGGAACUGUUCUGACUCAGAGGCUAAAGUAGAAAAAUUCCAGGGGCCUGCCUCUCCUACUGCGACAAACUCCCCUCUCCACUAGUCUCCAAGGACAUGCAAGGCGAUGUGUAGAGUGGAGCAGAGAUUACAGGUGCCCAGGUGAAGUUUGAGACUGCUUGGAAAACAUCCGGCAGAGGAGGAGCCCUAGAGGAAGUGGAAGGCGAGGACUGUCAGUCCUGGGAACUAGCAGGGCAAGUCCUGCUGGAAGUGUUGCUAAGUUGUAUGCCAUAUUCUUGAAUAAAGAAUUAGCUGCACCAAUAGUCUCUGCUUCCUGUGUGCUGACCGACAUCUGGGCCCAGCCCUGACACUACCUUGAGUUCCUUGGGCUGGGAAAAGGGAUAUGAUUGCAAUCAAUCAAUCAAUCAAUCAAUCAAUCAAUCAAUACCGCACUCAUGCAGUGUUUCAUCCUCCCCACUUUAAUUUCAGCUGGGGUCUCAUUUGUCUCAAUGCUUUUUAAUGAAAUCCUCAAAUGCACUCCCCCCCCCUUUUUGGUAAGGAGAGUGUUGAAACACUUCCAAACUAUUUCAACUUGCACCAUUUUGUAUUUGGCUAUGGCCCCAAAUAUAUUGGAGUGAUUUUUUAAUUUAAAAAAUUGAUAUGAUUCUCAAAUGCAGCAGCGUUGCUUUGCUUCUUUUCUUUUUACAGGGAUAACAACGGUUUUGACCAUGACAACUCUGAGCAUCAGUGCGCGGCAUUCUUUGCCCAAAGUCUCCUACGCCACCGCCAUGGACUGGUUCAUUGCCGUGUGCUUCGCCUUCGUCUUCUCUGCGCUGAUUGAGUUUGCAGCUGUCAACUAUUUCACUAACAUUCAGAUGGAAAAAGCCAAAAGGAAGGCCGCGAGAUCUGCUCCUGAAGUUCCAGCAACUCCUAUGCAGAAGGAAAACUGUGCAGAAGAAGCACCCACGGUAUUUAGCCUAUUUAAUACAGUAUGCAUUAAAACGUGACUAGUGAAAUGUUGACCAAAAGUGCAUUCAAAGCUGGGUCAGGGUUGAAGUGCAUGGUCAGCUUCCAUUCUAGGGUGGUUUGAACCCAUCUUGCUUUCCAUUGUCCUCUAGCUUCCUUUGAGACUGUUACUUUUGUCCACAGCCUAGACUGCACCCUUACUUAAACUGACUUCUUUGUCAUUUCCCUUCAAUCUUACAUUUUUCAGUGUUACUUAGUGUUACUAAGUGUUACUACAGUAACAUUUCAGUGUUACUACAGUAACAUUUCAGUGUUACUAAGGCAGAAAGUAGUGCAUCUGCAACACCAGUAGCAAUUACAGUGGUACCUCGGUUUUCGAGCGUAAUCCGUUCCGGAAGACAGUUCGAGUUCUGAAACAUUUGAAAACCAAAAACCCAACAGCCGAAAGCUAGGCCUCAGGAUCUUGCACUCAGCGGAAGCUGCGUAGCAUGUUCGACUUCUGAGGUGUGUUCAAAAACUGAAGCAUUUCCGGGUUUAUGGUGUUUGAAAACCGAAAUGUUCGUCAGUGGAGACGUUCGAAAACUGAGAUACCCCUGUACACUCUUUUUCUCCCCUUAAAACCAGACCUCUUUGCUUUACUUCCUUGUUGCCAUUUUCCUAGAUAGGCAAGGAGGUCUGAAGGUCAAAAAUAUAGAUUAUGUUAAAGAGUAGGCAGCUCCAUGUAGCAUAUUUAAACUUAAAAGUAAUUUUGUGGGGCGCUUAUUCAGAUCAGGAUCACUGCAUGUGAGGAAGAAAGGUUUAUUUAUAAUCUCCUGUACCAUCUUUCCCAGCCGCCUCCAUGCUCUAAGUAGCAAAUAGAAAAAAGCUCCCAUGGGCAUCAAUGGGAGCUUCCACCUACCUUUCACUACUUGGUGUUGGGCUGAUUCUGGGGGAAAUCAUAGUGGGGAAAGGAACGAUUGAACUUCCCUUCUUUGCAUGCUGUGGUCUCAGUCUACAUUGUACCGCCAUGAUUACUUUGAAGAUUGGAUGCUGGACUUGCUGUGGGCUUGGUUUCUGGGACUGGAUCCAACCUAUGAUCCUGGGACUCAUGAUGUGACUCUUCUGUACACUUUUAACCAGGAUUUUCAAAGCUAGAAAGCUUUGAAGCUAGGAAGGCUUCUCACAAUUCUAUCUUUCAAAUUGGUGUCUACCAUGUGUCAACGCCAUUUUGGAAAAUCCUUUCCGAGACCAUUCUUCAGGCUGCAUAUUCUCAAAAAAUUUCCUUGGCCCAGUCCAAAGAAAGUGGGUUGGAUCCUGCAGGCAGAGAUGGAAUUGUAUACAUUCCUUGUUUAGUGCCAUGUUUUAAGGGUGCGAUAAAACAAACAGGAAACGCAGAGGCUUUUAUUUUCACUUGACGCAUCUGAAGGAAAUUACCCUCCAUUAAACUGUUAUCGGAAGCAGACAUCCACAUGAGACAUUGCUGUAUAAAAUGAAGCCUCAGCUCAUUUAGGCUGACCCUGAGAUAAAGCCACAUCAUCAAAGUGCUAUCACACAAUCUGAACUGGCUGUCAAGGCUGGGGAUCAGGUUGCUGCCUGUACUUUACAUUCGGACUCAAAAUAUUACAGCAACAGAACAGCUGCCAUAUCCAGCGCAUGCUCAAUUCAGGGGUGAGGAACAAGGGUUUAAGAUCCAUCCCAAGCGGAAAAGGUUCCUUUGCCAAUCAGCCAAGAAGAGAGAGACAACAGGGCUGAUAAAUCCUACAUGUCAUGGAGCUGUAGUCUCCUUCCUCUUCACUCCCAGGCCCCACACUUAGUGUUAAAAGUCUCCCCUUGGGAUCAGCCAUCUCCGCCCCCCCCCAAGAAUACUCCUGGGAAUGAUAACAUAGCAAGGGUAUUUUAUUCCCAGGAAAGCCACAAGAUUGCUGCAGCCAGUCAAGAUGAUGCUUGAUGUGGUGGCAAGCCUUUAAAAAAGAAAGUGGUGAGCAGGAAAGGAAAAGCACUUUGACUGCCCCAUAUUAAAACAUCACCAGAAAAGAAGAAGUACAUAAGUAAAUAGGAAGCGAGAAGGACAUGGAUUUGCAUAUAAUAUGAAAAUGUAUAUGUAUAGAUGUCAAUCCAGAUAUAAUUAAAGGUAAAGGUAAAGGGACCCCUGACCAUUAGGUCCAGUCAUGGCUGACUCUGGGGUUGCGGCGCUCAUCUCGCUUUAUUGGCCAAGGAAGUCGGUGUACAGCUUCCACGUCAGCACGACUAAGCCGCUUCUAGUGAACCAGAGCAGCGCACAGAAACACCGUUUACUUUCCUGCUGGAGUGGUACCUAUUUAUCUACUUGCCCUUUGAUGUGCUUUCGAACUGCUAGGUUGGCAGGAGCGGGGACCGAGCAAUGGGAGCUCACCCCGUUGCGGGGAUUCGAACCGCCGACCUUCUGAUUGGCAAGUCCUAGGCUCUGUGGUUUAACCCACUGUGCCACCCGUGUCCCCCAGAUAUAAUUACUAUAAUUUAAAUAAGAACACAUCUCACCACAGUGGAGGAGACUGGGGCAAGGUGGCCCACGUGCCUAUUCAGGUGCUAUUGAUCGGCAACUUCAAAGCCUUUGUUCUCCUUUCUUAUGGCUCCUCAUUUUUAAACUGGACUUGGGCCAGGCUGCCCUUCAGAUAGACGUCUUCUUCAGUUAAAGGAUUGUCAUCUGUAAAGCAGGACGCAAUGGCACCCUGUUGGAGCCAUCCAUGGCCAGUCUCAUGUGAUAUGAAUGCAAAUGUAACGAAAGAGUUUGAUGGGACUUGGAAAUAAUUUUAAACCUUCUGGUUGCUUCUGAGAUUUACUUGUACUUCUGUAAUUAAACUCUUCCCUGCCCCCGCUCUUUCCACCGCAAGUACCAACAUUUGGCCUAAAGCAUAAGCAAUUAUUAUUUUUUUCUUGGUUAACCCAAUGCAAUAACUUCUCCUAACAGGCCUCCAAAGGCUAUAAGUUUCACAUGUCCCUUCGUAAGCUAAUUUAACUUUGGUUACUUCAUUCUAUAUGCACAAAUACUGCUCUACAUUGGUUUUACUAGCCCUUUCCUUAUGGGCCCUGCAAAAGCAAUCACCCUUUCUUGCAUUCCCCCCCAGGUUCCCCCUCUUAUAUUUGUCCUCAGCUUCUCAUAAAAUAAUAGCAUUUAAAAAAAAGCUUGCCGUGCUGCUUUAUCUAAAUUGUUUUUCUUUCGUUACCCAUAUUUUUGAGGCAACAAGUGAAUAAUUGGUUUCCACGAGCUGGAAAAUCAUGCAAAAUUCAUGGGCCCUAUUCUCCACUCCAGCAAGAAACUUUAUUUCAUCUGAAAUAAAAAUGGGUUACAUAUAAGAGUUCAUUUCGCCUCUGAUUGCUUCUAGGUUCAGAGUUUCUUUGCUGGGGUGAAGUCAUAAGAAGUAAUUGGCUUGCAGGAGUUCAUAUUUAUAGUGUGCAGUCUGAAGAUAAUUGAAAAGAAAAUACACAGGUGGAGUGUAGCUUGGGAGAAGAUGCCUCAGAAGAUUUGUGACAGGAAAUACGGAUCCAACAAGAUUGAUCUGAAGGUCACUUAUGGUGACAUUUCAAAUUAGGCUUGUUAAUCCAUUUGUAGGAACACAGGAAACUUAAGUUGUCUUCUAAAGGUUGUAUUGUUACUUAUCUCAUUGGCUUGGGGGUCACAUAACUCCAUACCCUCUAACAAUUCUCUGAUGAAAAUAGGGACAUCCUAAGGAAAAGUGGGACAUUCUGGGAUAAUAAUAAUAAUAAUAAUAAUAAUAAUAAUAAUAUAUUAUUUAUAUCCCGCCCAUCUGGCUGAGUUUCCUCAGCCACUCUGGGUGGCUUCCAAUCGAGUGUUAAAAACAAUACAGCAUUAAAUAUUAAAAACUUCCCUAAACAGGGCUGCUUUCAGUUGUCUUUUAAGAUAAGAUAGCUACUUAUUUCCUUCACAUCUGAAGGGAGGGCGUUCUACAGGGCGGGCGCCACUACCAAGAAGGCCCUCUGUCUGGUUCCCUGUAACCUCACUUCUUGCAAUGAGGGAACCGCCAGAAGGCCCUCGGCACUGGAUCUCAGUGUCCGGGCUGAACGAUGGGUGUGGAGACGCUCCUUCAGGUAUACAGGACCGAGGCCGUUUAGGGCUUUAAAGGUCAGCACCAACACUUUGAAUUGUGCUCGGAAACGUACUGUGAGGCAAUGUAGGUCUUUCAAGAUAGGUGUUAUGUGGUCUCGGUGGCCACUCCCAGUCACCAAUCUAGCUGCCGCAUUCUGGAUUAAUUGCAGUUUCCAGGUCACCUUCAAAGGUAGCCCCACGUAGAGCGCAUUGCAGUAGACUAAGUGGGAGAUAACUAGAGCAUGCACCACUCUGGCAAGACAGUCCGCGGGCAGGUAGGGUCUCAGCCUGUGUAGCAGGUGGAGCUGGUAGACAGCUGCCCUGGAUCAAAUCAGAAACAGGGAUGGCUUCUGUAAAUCUGUGACUGUCCCUGGAAAAUAGGGACACUUGGAGGUCUGGGUCGCUCCCAUUCAUAACUGAAGGUACCUGCGAUAGAAGCCUCUGCAUGCAAGCAGAUGCUGAGCCACUGAUUUACAGCCCUCCCUACAUUUAGUUUCUAAGAAGCAAAAGCACCUACUUGUUAUUUGGAGGGUUAGUACCUUUUUGCUACUUGCUACUUAUAAACACCAUGCUUUGGAUUGUAUGGAUUACUGUGUGCGAGGCUGAUAGAUGGAUGCCCUCCCUUGUGACAAGGGGUUUGACCUUGAGGAAGGUUGUUUUGCCCCUUCCAACAGUCUUGUAACACACACAGCACACACACACACCCCUCAAUCUUUUGCGGCUUCCCCAGUGGUUUUCAAAUUAUGUUCUGUGGAACCCUGGAGUUCCUCCGAAGCUUAUUGAGAAUCCUUAAUGAGAAGAUCAGAAUUGCUGAGCAAGUUAUUCCUAAAGGCCUAUCACUACUCAUCAUCUCCUGCAAUGUGCAACUGCAGGGAAUAUGGGGUAUUAUUUUAUAAUUCUAUUCCAGGGCAUACCCUCUGUUUACAUAAGGUAAAAUCAAGGAAGCCAAAGAAGCCUUGCCAGUAGCCAGGAUGAACUGAAUGUUCACCUAAAAACUUCUCUGAAUUAUUCACAGUAUUCAGGAUUCCUGUUAUCUCUUCUCAUUAAGCAUGCUGGCUGGGGCCGAUGAAAGAUACAGCCCAAAACAUCUGGAAGGCACUACACUGGCUACUCCUGCCCUAGAGGGAUGCUACAGAGAUGCUCAAUGAGUCUCCUAGGGGUUGAGAGGUUUUUUUUGCCUUGCUUCAACUUCAGAAAGGGAAGUUUGUUAAGUAUCUCACAAGCCGCAAUAGAUGGUUGAUAGGCCAUGUGAGUCUGGCUUGGUGAGUCAUAAUGUAUAGUGUGAGAGUAAAUAGUGUUAGCAAAGUCACUUAAAUGAUGCAGGUGGAGACUGGAGAGAAAAUAAAACCUGAUAGCACAUAAUAAUAAUAAUAAUAAUAAUAAUAAUAAUAAUAAUAAUAAUAUAUUAUUUAUAUCCCACCCAUCUGGCUGGGUUUCCCCAGCCACUCUGGGCGGCUCCCAAAUGAAUAUUAAAAACACAACACAGUGGUACCUCUGGUUGCGAAUGGGAUCCGUUCCAGAGGUCCGGCUGUAUCCUGAAGUUUUCGCUACUGGAGGUACCGCUUCUGCGCAUGCAAGUGAAUGCAGCGAAACACUUCCAGGGGUGCUGGUAAUGUAACCCAAAGUUCCUCUGUACAGCAUUAAACAUUAAAAACUUCCCUAAACAGGGCUGCCUUCAGAUGUCUUUUAAAAGUAGGAUAGUUGCUUAUUUCCUUGACAUCUGGUGGGAGGGUGUUCCACAGGGCGGGCACCACUACUGAGAAGGCCCUCUGCCUGUUUCCCUGUAACCUCACUUCUCACAGUGAGGGAACCACCAGAAGGUCCUCGGUGCUGGACCUCAGUGUACGGGCUGAACGAUGGGGGUGGAGACACUCCUUCAGGUAUACAGAACCGAGGCCGUUUAGGGCUUUAAAUGUCAGCACCAGUACUGAGGACACUGGUAUAAUUUGAGAAGAAAGGAACAGAGAGGUCUUGUCUUUCUUUGUACAUCAGAGGGAGACAUUCAACCAAACACACAAGGGGGAAAACUCCCUCUGAACUACAGAACUAAUCAGGAAACAUGGUACCUCAGCAAAUUUAUGCCCCUCUUCAUGGUUGCUAAGCAACACCUCCAGCCUUAUCCCUUGUGGCUAGUUGAUUUCAGCGCUAAUGGAAUUAACCCUUUAGUUGUGCCUGAAUAGUGAAUGAAGACAUGAGCAGGGAGCAUGGGGACGCGCAUGCCAGUCCCACCCCGGCCUCCCCAUGCCAAAUUGCCCUGCCCAAGCCACCAAUGGGGCUUCUUUGUGAGGACUUCCAACAAACAGAGCAUUGGAGGACAACUGUGAGUGAAAGAUAAUAAUGAGCAUAACAGAAAACAUUCUGAACUAGCAUGCCUCCUUUUGUGCUGGCUUCGGAACAGAAGUUAAAACCCAACCUGUAGUUGCUACAUGGGAAACCAGCCUAGAUAAUCAGAGAAUAACCUCUGCUAGUUUGAAUUGCCACUAACUUUUAGUUUGGGGCGGGGGGGGGGAAUCCUAUCAUUUACUUUGAAGCAGACACCGAAUGUUAGAAGAGGGUUUGCUGGAAGCUGACCUAGUUUCUAAGCUGUACUCUCCAGGGGUACAUGACAAGGGUUAAAUAUUGUGCUAAUAAAGAUUAGGAGAUUACUAGAAAAGGAAACAUUUUGCCUUGACCUGAUUCGCAAGGAAAUGCUUUAUCACAAGAAUUUGUUUUGUUUUUUUAAAAGAAAAUCCAUACAUCUUUAAAUAUACAAUUUAAUGGAAUAAAAACAAGAAGAACCUAACUCAGGAGCAUGAAGACUAUAAUAAUGAUUUCCAUGAAAAAUCCCAUGUGGGAGCCUAACUAGUUCUUUUGGAGGAUAUGUGUCUGCUAACAGCAUAAGGCUUUCCACCCAUCUCCCUGCUGGUUUUUAUCUAUUUUAUUUAUUUAAUAAAAUGCAUACGCUGCUUGAUUGUAAGAAAACCUUUAGGCACUUUACAAAAAUAAGGUCUAGUAAAAGAAAGACAUAACUGUGGGAUGGGAUUUAAUGGGCAGGAGAGGAUAUUAAUUGUGAUUUAUCCCUCCAGGUGCCCAUUUGUGGGGGUUGAGCGGAGUUUUAGAACCCCACCCUUGGCAGCAAAAUUAAAAGCAUAGAAAUUAGACUGUAAAACCCUUUUUUUGAGCAAGUCCAGCCAUGGAGUGAGCUAUGGCUCUCCCUAUCUCACCCUGCUCAACAAAGAAUCAGACAACAACUUGGGAAGGUUGUUUAAAAACAUGAAUUACUCCCUUAUAAUAUUGCGUUGGUUCACAGCAAUGGCAGCAGUAAAAACUAUGCAGGGGAAAUACUUAUACUUACAGUAUAGGUAAAGGUAAAGGUACAGCUUUUGCCAUGUACCUAAAGUUGGAGCAAGUGGAGGCAUGUCUUGCAUCCAUUGCUGGUCAACAGAAGAGAGAGAGGCACAGGAAAUACCAUUUUCUCCUUCCUUUCCAACAGCAGAGGGGAAAUGACAUCACACAAAGCCCUCCCUCCCAAUUGUAUUUUUAUGGUUUGAGUACCUGAGUAUCAGCAAUGCAGUUCUGUUGUAUUAGCCCCUUCUCAUGCUAACUAGCAAGAACAUGCAUGCUAGGUUUGGCUACUAAUCUCCCACAAUAACAUGAUGCCAUUGUAUUGGCAUCCAUCCAUCCAUCUCCAUGCCAGUUCAGUGCAUGUUGCUUCCGGCGGAGAGCAAAACACUGAAUGUGGUGUCACUCUAACUACUGCGACAGUGCCAUUCCUUCAUUCAAGUUACCAUUUUAGAAUAAUCAUAGGCUAGUCCAGUCUUCUCCAGCCUAUUGCCUUCCAGAUGUUGCUCCAUUACCCCUAGGCAACAUGACCAAUGGUCAGAUAUGAGUCCAACAACAUCUGGAAGACACCAGGUUGGGAAAGGCUGGGUUAGUCUUUCCCAGUAGACUGGGAGGGCAGGGUAGAUUCUAGAAUGAAGAAUAAGAGUGUUGACUGCUGUGUGCUAGGAAGAUCCCAAAUAUUAAAUUCUGCAGUUGUUCAGCUUGUGGGGCAGAUACAUAUCUGAAGCAGCCUUGCAUCCCUGCAAUGUUUCUCUAGGCUGCUUAAGUGUCUAAGCCUUGGGCAGAUUCUGCCCAGAAGCCUGCAAGCUAUGCCUGCAAGAGAUGCCCUGCAACUCGUAAUGCAUGGAGUAUCAUCCAGCCCAAGCUGAGCAUGCUUAAGUCCCGUUUAUUUCAAUGUGUGAGAGCUAAUGAUCAUAAUACAUAUAUUGGAUUGUAUGUUUGUGGACAGAGUUGCCUUCUUUUAGCUUUAGUGUAGUGCUUAAUUUUUAAGUUAUGUAUAGGAUCCUCAUCAUCAUUGAUCUCCAGCAUUAUAAGAGCUAAAGAUUUACUCCUUAUCUUCAUAUAAUUGGAUGUCAUAGAAUCAUAGAAUUGUAGAGUUGGAAGGGACCCCAGGGGUUAUCUGCUCCAACCCCUGCAAUGCAGGAAUCUCAUCUAAAGCAUCCAUGAAAGACGGCCAUCCAACCUCUGCUUCAAAACCUCCAAGGAAGGAGAGUCCACAACCUCCUGAAGGAGACCGUUCCACCGUUGAACAGCUCUUAUUGUCAGAAAGUUUUUCCUGACAAUCUCCUUUCUUGUAACUUGAAGUCAUUACUCAAACUGGGGGGGGGGGGAGAUCAGUGUCCCAUAUACUGGAGGGGACAUUUCAGCUGAACAUUAGGAGAAACCUUUUGGUGGUUAGAGCAGUUCAGGAAUGGAACCGAUUACUUAGAGGAGAGAUGGGGAACCAGUGGUCCUCCAGAUAUUUUUGGAUGACAACACUCAUCUUUGAUUUAGAGCAGGGUUUCCCAAACUUGUGUCUCCAGCCGUUUUUGGACUACAGUUUCCAUCACUCCUGACCACUGGCUAGCUAAGGGUCAUGGGAGUUGUAGUCCAAAAACAGCUGGAGACACGUCUGGGAAACCCUGAUUUAGAGGGUUGAUAGGAGGCUUUCCCUUGCUGAAGGACUUCAAAGCAGGCUAGUCAUCAGUUGAACAUGAUUCAGCUUUGGGUUUUCUGCACUGAACAGAAGGUUGGAGGAGAUGCCCUCUAAGUCUAUGGUUUUAUGUUUCAUGCUCCCCUAUGUAAAAUAUUUCCUACACAUUGUAAGCCAUCACAUAUGAGGAAGCAUUUAGAUAUACCAUCUCCAUGAUAUUCUGGAAUUCUGUGUCUUGCUCUCUAAAUCUACUGUGGUAUGUUUUUUACUUGUUCAUUUGGUUCCACUGUUUGUAAUUUUUGUUUGUAAUUUUUGUGGUGCUGAUUAAUAGGCAGGUGAGCUACCUGCUGCAAAUCUCAGCUUUUGCUGGGAUGCACAGUUUCAGCUCAUGCUAAAUUUGCAAUCUGACUUCACUGGAGUGCAAAAUUGGCUUGCUUGUCAUAAGCUGCUAAUAUGAGCAAAACAAUAUAAUACUUCUUUUUCUGGCUCAAGUGGAGGAUUACGGUGGCUGAGAGGACUUUCUUCUUCUUCAAAAUUUGCACUGCAGGUGAACAGCUGUUUCUAAUGGGCAAACCUUGUUAAAAAUCAAAGAGCAUGGGUUGGCUUGUACUUGAGCACCACGUUUGCUUGAUAACAAGCGGUCACACCUAGAGAGUUUAGUUGGUGAGGAGGAAGCAGCGAAAGAUCUGUGAGUUGUUUUUGCAAACAGAGAUUAGUAGCUCCUCUCCCCCCAUCCCUCGCCGCCCCUUAUUGUAUCAAGAUGGAUUUUGAACCAUAAGGUGAGACACACAAUCUUAUUGAACAGAGCUGCCACAAUGUUUAACAAUAGAUUAGACAGAUUUGCAGCAAAUUAUGCCAACGGCAUACUCCAUUGCAUUACACACGGUCAAUUAAAUGUGCUUCCAUUUGGAAAGAGACGGCUGCAGCAUUAAUUACAAUAUUUAUACAUGCCUGCAAGGAAGUUUGCCUAGUUAUCAUACCUUUGUGCCAAAUAGAGCUGAUAAGAUUUCCACAAGUGACUGUACUGAUGAAAAGAGCAUCUUGUGCGAGCCCUUGGGAGAAAUCAAAAAAGUUAAAACUCUGCUGUUUCUGGCUGUCAAACACACACACACACCCCUUUUCAAAACAAAGAAUAUUCAAAACAUUGUGUUGGAUAGGUAAUGACUAAAUGCUUCUGGAAGGGGCAGCAGGGGGAGAUCUCAGAAGUAAAUUCUGCUUAAUACUGCAAGUUUUGGCCUACCUGAAGUAAAGGCCAGGAGCAAACUGUCAGCUGAAUGCAUAACAGAGAACACCUCUGAGGAAAAUUAAACUCUCUUUUUCCCCCAUAAUAAGGUGCUUCGGAUUCCAUUUUGAAAGGAAAGCAUUUGCAUGUCAAUGUAUUUUGUAUCAGUUUCUGUGGGGAACAAUAUCAAAGGUUACCCUGUUCAUAAAAAAACUCAUCCUGUUCAUCAAAACAACACCCCCACCCUGCAUAAUCACUACUCUAGUAAACAAACAAUAAUAACAUACCAGGCAGAGGUCCUAAAAACAAACCUUUAUCUUUUAACGGUAUUAUUUUUCACUGUUAUUCUUCUUCUGUCUCUUCAUGCCGUGCAUUCUCAAGUGGCAGAAAAGCUGGCAGUAGGCUUAAUAGCAAUAGGGUUCAAAAGACCACAUGCAAGAGGUCUUCCUAUUUAUUAUACAUUUUUGUGGCUGCACACAAUCAUAUUUUGGGGUUCCCCUUCAAAUGUAAAUGAUUUGUGUGGGAAACAAAUUAUGUUUCCUUCCUAACAAAUCCCCACCCCCAUAGUGCCUUCAUGUAGCCCGCUCGAUGGCAUAACCAAGUUUCCUUACCAUUUAAUUACUCUGUGUUUUCAAAGAUGUGAACAUUGCCACUGGAUUUCUCUGCAUUUUUGAAGGCUUAAAGUGCUUUACAGUGGUAUCUCGGGUUAAGAACUUAAUUCGUUCUGGAGGUCCGUUCUUAACCUGAAGCUGUUCUUAACCUGAAGCACCACUUUAGCUAAUGGGGCCUCCUGCUGCUGCCGUGCCGCUGGAGCACGAUUUCUGUUCUCACCCUGAAGCAAAGUACUUAACCUGAGGUACUAUUUCUGGGUUAGCGGAGUCUGUAACCUGAAGCGUAUGUAACCUGAGGUACCACUGUAUUGUCAAGGAUUUCUUAAGUAGCAGUGAAUGCUCUGCUCUCAGAGUUUUAUAAACUUCUAUACACGAUUACACAACCUGUGUGUACGUCCACAUGGUACAUUGCUCUUCCCCCCUUUUCGAGAUGAAAGAAUUGUGAAGCUCAGUUGUAUACGUGUAUAUCCUGCCACAUGUUAGGUUGUACGUGUAACAAAGGGACUCUACUAAGUGUAUGCCAUUCUGCAGUCAUGCCAUUCUUUUAACUCUCCUCAACGUUGCCUGUGCUUAUUUCCGCUCCCCAUUCCACUUACUCAAGCCAAGGCAUAACCAAUGUGGUUCUUGGGAUGUUGAUGGACUCCAGCUCCCAUCAGCCCCAGCCAGGAUGGCUAAUGAUCAGCCAUGAUGGGAGUUGUAGUCUAACAGCAUGAACGCCUUAACAAAUCAGCACACUGGAAAAAUGGAGAUGGAUUUAUACAUCAAACUGCAUGUUUGUACAUGUAGAGGGUUGGUGACAUCCUUUUGUCUCACAAGACAAUGGAGUGCACCUCUGAAACUGCUGGAGAAUCACAGCGCCUGCUGUGGCUGCAGGCCUGGGCAGUGUGUUUGGACGUAAAUGUGUGCAUGGCUGCAACUAAAAACUACAAACCUAUACCCAUUUACCUGCAAAUAAGUUCCUUUGAACUCAGAGACACUUAAUUCUGAGUAGGCACAUACAGAAUUCUGCUGUAAAACCAUUUGUCAUCAGAAGCAAUGCUGGAUACAAAAAGAUAUCCACAGUGUUCAAAAAAUUUCACAGACUGAUCAAAUUCCUAUGUUCUUUGGUACUGCAAGAGACAGCAUUACUUUGGGUCGAGAUUUAUUUUGUCAGGAAGAAAGAAUGCUCAAAUGAGUUACAUCAUUGGCAUUUAUUCCAUUAAGAUAUUUUUUUUUUUACUCCCUGAAAAUUGGAGCCACAUUUAGCCAUAGCUGUGAGUAUUAAGGUCAGUCACACUGCACCAUUUCACACUGGGCUAAGCAUACAAGCACUGCCAGAGGGAAGAUUGGCACGUUCAAUCUCUAUGAACAAGCUUUACAUCCAGAUUUGAAAUUCAGUCUGCAUGAACUAUGCAAACUACAGUGUGUUGAAGACAUUUCCUACCCAGGGCUUUAUUAAAAUGGGCAUAGAGUUGUGCUAGAACACAGCUGAGUACCUGGGCUAUUUCCAGAAAUAUCGAUGUGUCUUGCAUUACAUGGAUCUUUCCCAUGGAUAUUGUCCCUGUUGUCAGAGCCUUUCAACAUAUUACAAGAAUCAGGUUGUAGACAGAAGUGGUAGAAUAAUGGACUGGACCACUUCUGACUGCACAUUGGAAUGUUCCCUCACAUUGAGAGGUUUGUCUAUUGUAUGUAACCUCCGUCUACUCUAUGCAAAGUAGCUCUUCAGGCUGAAAGUUUUAGCAUGACCUUGAUCGACUGGUUUAUUACAUUUAGGGAGGUCUUUAUGUAGGGGACCAUAUAACUCCCAGUAUGAAAUGCUACAGUCUGGAAUUCUACCGUGAUAUAACUUUAUGUAAUAUGCCUAAUAGCUUCUCAAUCAUCAGCAACCCAACCAAAAUAGCUGUCUAGUGUCUACAUUGCCAAAUCGUAACGAAAAUUCAGUGAGAUAGUUUUCUAACUGUGAUUGUCUAACUGGCCAUAUGAAUAUGAUGCUAUGUAAUGGGAAUAAGAGAUUUCAUGUUGACCAACAAAUCUGCACUGAAUGCCCUAGCCGCAUUCCUAAAUUUCAGGAUUUUGCUCAUGCAAAAUUCUUUCUAAAGCUGCAGAUGUUCUUUUUGUGUCAAUUUUUUAUUAAACUUUAAAAUUUUUAGAUAUAAAUUCCAUAUCCCAAAUUUGUUAUACAUUUCUCUUUAAACUUUGACUUCCUGCUUUUCCCUCUGUGCUGUUCUUAAUCCCAUUCAAUUUACAUAUUGCAUUUUAACAAACUUUUCGCCUAGGAGAUUCUUUUCGAUUUCAUAUAUUAUCAAAUUUUCUACCGCUGCUCAUAUUUCAAAUCCUGCUCGCGAUUUCAUCUGCUCAUGAUAUUUUCUGAUGUUGUUCUUUUUCAUAUUGCAGAGCACGGACUCGAAUUCAAAUGUAAGAAAAAGAACUAAUACCACCGUACAGGCGGAAACGGAGAGCGUCAGGAGAAUUGAUACAGGAAACAGUUCCAUGCCACCUUCAACGGUAACUCAGGGGCCUUCGGACGUUAUGCCCCGAUCUCCUUCAGCAUCAAGUCCGAACCCCUUCAGCCGAAUUAGCAUAUCAGAAACAUUGGCUUCUGCAAGAGCUACUCCUUCAGCUCCUCCCUCUACCCCAGUUUUAACAGGAUAUAUACCCCAGCAAGCCACGGCUGGAUCUCCAACCAUUCACCGUUUACUUGGAUCUAGACUGGAGCAGAUUCAGACUACAGCAAAUACUUUGGGGGCGCCUUCAAAGUCGUCAGUCGUCGCUCCUCCUCCUCCUCCCCCUCCCCCACCCUCAAGCUCUGGCACCAGUAAGAUAGACAAAUAUGCACGCAUUUUGUUCCCCGUCACCUUUGGAGCAUUUAAUAUGGUCUACUGGGUGGUGUAUCUAUCCAAGGACACGAUGGAGAAAUCGAAAAGUCUAAUGUAG